GAGGAGCCAGUCGUCGGCGGGAACUCCAUCGGGUCAGACGCAUCUCCUCUCGCUGCUCUCCGUCGCCUCACGCGCCCCCAGUCGAAAGAAGAGGAAAAGAGGAGAGCGACUCAAAGAAAUGUCAACGAAAUUGCCUAAGCUCAUCCGUCAUUAUAGCGAUAUCGAGCCAGAGAUAACACACGAUCGGAGGGAUAACGAUGCUAAAACGCAACGUAAACAUCUGGGAACUGCAGAGCCAGUAAACAUGCCCGACUUCACGCUGAUCUACUUCAACGCCCGCGGGUCGGCCGAGCCCAUCAGGUGGAUGUUCUCCUACGCCGACAUCCCCUUCAAUGACGAGCGCAUCGAGAAGGAGGACUGGUCGGACCGCAAGAGCUCGAUCCCCGGCGGAAAGUUGCCCGUCCUAAUGGUGGACGAGAAGCCACUGCCGCAGUCGCAGGCCAUCGCUCGCUUUAUCGCCAAGGAAGCAGGACUCAUGCCCGAGGAUAACCUCGAUGCUGCCUACUGUGACGCCCUGGUUGAUACUGUCCGGGACGUGAUGGAGAAAGUGUAUGGAAAGAUAAUGAGCGAGGAGGACGAGGAAGAGAGGAAGAGGUGGUUUAUGGAGGAGUUUUUCCCCUACCACAUGGCGCCUGUGCUUGCCCGCCUCAACGCCCGUCUGAGCGGGAGGGAGUGGUUCGUCGGAGAUCAGGUCACUUGGGGCCGACUUCAUGAUCGCACACGCCUUCGGAGAGAUUCACAGCCACACCCUGAGGGUUUCGAGGAAUACCUGCCGUGACGGAACAUAUCGAAAAAGU